AUGGCCAAGUUCGGCGUCCAGACGCACAACGCCUUCGCGCUGCUGGAUGACGAUGAAGAGACAGACCUGGACGCCAUGGUGGCGCGCCGGGCGCAAAUGGCGAGCGAGGAGGGGGGCGAGGAAAAGGCGGCCGAGCCGCCAGGAGUGAAGCAGGGGCCCCAGGAAGCCGCCCGCGGUGGCGAGGAGCGGGACCAGCGCGGAGGCAGGGGGAGGGGGAGGGGCCACCGCGGCCGCGGCAGGCAUCCCGGCGGCAGGGGCUACGAUCGGGCUCCGGGAUGGGAUGAGGAUGCGGGAGGCGGAGAAGUUGCCCCCUUCGGGCACGACAGCGCCGCGCCUGGGGGCAGGGGCGGCGGGAGGGGCGGCCGGGCCGGCGGGCGCGGCGGAGGACGGGGGCGGGGCCGCGAGGGGGGCUACCGUGGCGGGCGGCGGGAGUACGAUCGCCAUGACGGGACCGGAAGAGGGCACGAGACUGAGAAACGUGGCGGUGCGGGAAAGGGCAACUGGGGCGCACCGGUUGAGGACCCAUCCGGCUGGGAAGUGGAGGCGCCUGUCAAGGGCGGCUGGGGAGACGACGACUUUGGGCAGAAGGCUGACGAGAAUGGCGAGAUCAGCCAGAGUGCAGAGGCCGCACCAGCCCCCACAGAGGUGAAGGAAGGUGAAACUGGUGAAGGGGCUGAAAAGCCAGCUGAGGGCACAGAACAGGCAGCUGAGCCAAAAGAGGAGGAAAAGGAGACGUUGACAUUGAAGGAGUAUGAGGAGAAGGUUCUCAAAGCAAAGACACUCACCAAUGUUGUGCAACGCCCUGAAGUGGACAUGGGGCAGUUUGAAGGCCUGACUGUCUACGAAAGAACUGGCACUGAGGAGGGCAUGGAUUCGAUGGAGCUGCCAAAGGCGCCGCCGAGGAGGACCAAGAGCAAAGGAGACAAGAAAGGGAAGAAGGAGGUUGUGCCGACUAGCUUCCGCGUGGGUGAGCCCGUGCGGCGAGGCCGAGGGGGCCGUGAUGGUCCAGGCCGUGGUGGCCGCGGUGGCCGAUUCGACAGGGAUUCCAGAACCACCUCCGGUGAGGACAUGGCCCCCCGUGAAGGAGGCGAUGGCGAUGAGGGAGGCCCCAGCGGGUACCAGGGCGGCAGAGGCUAUGGCGGGUAUGGCGGCUAUGGAGACGAUCAGGGUUACGGAGGCUACAGCGGUGACCGCGGGUAUGGCAGGGGUGGCUAUGGGCGUGGACGUGGACGCGGGCGCCGGGGCGGCGGCUACGGAGGCGCCUUUGAGCACAAGCAAGAGUCCGUGGAUAUGGCGGACACGUCCGCGUUCCCUUCCCUAACGGCAUAG